AUGGAGCCAAAGCUCCCCCAGGGUGGUCUGGUUGCCAUGUCAACAGUAUCUCUAAGCGACACUUUGCGACAAGAUACAUUAAGUACUGGUGCUUACAAGAAUCUUUGGCAAGCAUAUUCGACUUCGCAUCUGGCCAGCAAAGAUGAGACCGAACGUCGAUUAGAGCAUCUUUUCUGGCGAAUAUGGAGUGCUCAGCGACUUUCCAGUCGCCUUAAUGUCCGGACUCUAGAUCAUCUCAUUCUACGCAUCAAGGCACCAGCAGUGUUAGUCGGACAAGAGGUAACGGUGCGACAAGCGAUGCCUGAGACUGGCAACAAAGAAGAACAGGUAACGGCAAACCUGUUCCACAUCAAACCUCUCCAAUACCAUAUUAACCAUUCAUACAAGCCCAUCAAUAAGACUCAGUCAGGCUGCGUCGCCGGAACCUGCUCUCUACAUCCAAUAUUAAAGAAACCGCAGCCGGCCCCAGUCGAAUCACAUAAAACCACUCGGCUCCUCCUUGACACUUCCUCCGGCACAAAGAUCACACUCGAGCCUUCUUUCUCUCCAACUGCAACCAUGACUGCAGAGCCCGAGUCCAUCUCAGAUGUCAUCGAGCAUCAAAGCCCCAAGAAGACCAACAUCCCUGCAGGACCCACGGCCAUUCCGGAUCCCGUGAAUCGACAGAGUUCCAAGAAGACAUUUCUCACUGCGACUCGCCCCGGACGAGGCCCACGUCGCCGUCCAGUCUUCAACCGUCGCAAGUCCUCGCAGACAUCCGUCCCAAAAGCUACACCUCCCCGCCGACGCUCCGAGCCCACCACCAAGAAAGACGGAUCCAACGAUGUCUACGAAGACAGCUACGUGGAGCUGGGUCUACUGCAGCACCUAAGCUUGCGCGACGAGGAAGACCAAAUCGCGCGCGAUCUGGGACGCGAGAUUGCGCCUGAGCCGAAGCCCAAGCCGGCUGUCCCGCUCUUCGACGACGAUUUCAUUGACGAACCCACUGCGCUACAGACCGCCAAAGCAAGACCCAAGGCAUCGCCUGUUCCCUUCCCGCGAGCUUCUUCUCUGCGUCGCCCGAUGUUGAGCCCGGAGGAUUUCUGCAAGAUUACGCCGUCCUUUGGGGUUUUGCAGAGCCAUGUCGAUACGCCUGGCGGGCCGCAGCUUAUGACUGAGGAUCUUGAGGGGGAUUGGACGGAUGUCGAUGCUAUUGAUUCGACUCUUCCCAUCUCGCAGCCUUUCAAGAAUCUGGUUGUGCAUCAGGCUGUUGGGAAGGCUCCUGCCGUCAAGAAGACCUCGUUGCUGUCAUCUGGAAUGAAAGGAGUGAAGGGAGUGAAGUCGUGA